AUGCCUCUUGGUGCCCGUCACCAGCAUAUUGAGAAGAGAGUGCCCCAGGAGAGGGACUACCUCUGCUGCAUUGAUGUGGACCUGGAGUUCUGGAAUCCCAUGGAACUACAGACCUUGGGAACACAGCGUGCAAACACGCCGGCCCAGAGGAGGGUGCAGGACAGCCGGGAGCGCACCCACAAGGAGCGGGCUUUGGUGAAGCUCUUGGAGCUCCUGGUGCCGGCCGUGCAGGAGGGUGACCGAGUCUACGUGACAAACUUGCUAAUAAAUUACCGGGGCUUCCUCUCCAUUGAAGAAGUCCUCGACCAGGUUUCCAAAAGAUAUGCAGAUAACUGCAGUUUUGGUGAUGGGGAUGGAGGUGGCCAGGAAGGCUUCAAAAACUCCAUCUCCUGCCUCCUGCUCACCUGGCUGGAAGAGCUCCCGAGUGAUUUCUGCCAGCACCCAGGUGUUCCCUGCCUCAAACAGCUGGUGGCAUUUGCGCAGGUCGCCCUGCCUGGGUCUGCCCUGGAGAGGCGUGCUCAGGACCUCCUUUCUCAGCUGGAGCCCGCGGAGCCCAGUGAGACCGAGACAGAGGCUCCCGUGUCAGACCCAGAGGUGAAAACCAGUGCAGUGCCCCCUCCAGAGCCAGUUCCAUCGAUGGCACCAGACAUCAUACCAGCUCCAGAGGCGGAGGCACCUGUGGCACUGCCUCCAGUGCUGCAUGCAGUGGCAGAGCCACUGCAGGUUCGAGAACUCCAGCCUCCUACUCCUGCAAUGUUCAUCCCACCUCUGGAGUUGGAGGCAACGCUGAAGCCACCUGCUGUGCCAUCUCCAGAAGUUGCAACAUCACCUGCUGCAGCAUCACUGACAGAGCUGCCAGUAGCUCUGAGGCCACCUCUACUGACAGAGGUCGAGGCAUUUAUGGCAUCUGAUGUGGAGCCAUCCUCCUCACCAGCAGACUCACCAUCGCCAGAGCUGGAGGCAGCUCCGUUGCCACCUCCGGAGGUGAUGCCCUUCCCCACUGAGGAGCUGGAGCCAGUUAACUCAAUACCAGCAGCCUCAGCUCCACAGCAGGAAGUGGCUCCUGUGUCCCCCAUACUGCCACUUUCUGACCCAGCACCAGUGCCUCCUCUGGACAUAGCACCUGUUAACUCACCAACCGUGGUCACAGCUGCAGAGCAGGAGGAAAUACUCAUGUCACCUGCAACGCCACUGGCAGAGCUGAAUUCACCACCAGCUCUUGCUGCACCACCAGAGCCUUCCUGCUGCUCCCCUGCGAGCCUGGAGCACGGUCUGAAGGAGGUGAAGUCCCCCCUCUCUGAGGACCCUCCCAGGCUGGUGGCCAAACAGAAGACACUGAUGCAGGUGGGAGACCAGGUCAUGCCGAGGAUCCAGCACCUCCAGGCGGGAUCCAGCAAGACCCACUUUCGACCCGUGGAGCAACUUGGGGUCUGUUCUGGGGACAUGGAACAGCUCAGCGAGGCCGAGUGCCCAGUUAAGACACCCUUCCUUUCAGCCCUCAGGAACCCAGUGCCAAGCCCAGCACUAGCAGCAACACAGAGUCGAGUGCCCAGCUCCAGAGUGGCCCUGACCGCAGCAGUGGGGAUGCAGCUACCUCAUUCCCUGGACACGUGGCUGACACCUCGAAGCCAGAUCUCGAGAUAG